UUCAAUUUUAUUUUUACACUUUCAUAGGUUUUUUUUAUUGCUCCGAAUUUUAUAAUUUUCUUUCUCUGAUUAAGUCCUUUUCCACAGGUAGACCAAAAUGAAUGUUAUUCUCCCCGAGUACAUGUGCUUCUGGUAUGGCGAAUUUCCAACAAAUUUGGAGACAACAAUUCGAAACGCAGAAAAACACACCUUCGAUGGCAUUGUUACCCCCAUUGCAAACCCCUUAUUUUCCCGAGAGUUUGAUAACGAGAAAAUAUCCGAGGAUCAUAAAGUUUUCACCCGGCCUGCAAUGCUCGUGAGCCAAUCAAGAUGGAAUGUUAACAUUAUUCCAAAAAUUACAGAUGCAUUGGACUGCGAUUCCAGUGACGAUGCUGUUCGAAAAUAUAGUAAAAAGGUGUUGGAGCAAGAGCUGAAGUAUGCACAGCAUGUUCGUCCUUACAGGAGCAUUUUAGUGAAGUUGAAAAGUGGAAACGUUCUUCACUUGGCCCGAAUUAUAAGCAGAGUUAUAAAUUCCUCCAAUAUCAUAGUUGAAGUACCAUUGGUCGACCCAGCUACCUUAAAGCAAAAAUGGAUGGGUGACGGCGGUGGGGAUACAGGAAGGAUGUGUGGCAGUGAUACAUGGACAUGGUGGAAUAACUUCAGAAUGGCGUGCGAUCCUUCCAUCCAUCUAAGUGUUGCGCUGGAAAUCAAUGCAACCCCUCAAGAAUUCCCAUCAUGGAGUAAUCUACGAAGGUGGUUGGGUGAACCUGUUCGAUCGUUGAUCACGCCUUCAUAUUUGUAUAUGAAAAACGAUCUCAGCUACUACGUACUUUCCGAUGAUUAUCGAAUAGUUUUCGAACUGCUGAAGAAGCACAGUCUGAAUUUCAUGAUAAAAGCGGCUUAUAUCGAUGAUUUGGAUAUCCGAAAAUUCCCAGAAGUCGUGAAAUUUUUAACAAUCACCCAUCGGGUUGACACUUUGAGGACGGCGAACUACGAUGAAUUGGUGAGAGCCUGUCAACCCAUCAGAGAUGAAAUUUCAAAUGCAAUCUACUCUAAAAUGGAAGAUGAUCCCGUCAAGUACCGAUCCUAUCAAAAUGCAAUUUCUUUUGCGAUGCUUUCGAAACCCCAGGACUCCAGGGUUGCUAUUCUAAUAGUAGGAGCAGGACGAGGAGCUUUAGUAAGAGCAGUCAUCAAUGCCAAGCGUCUAACCGCAAGGCAAUGUAAACUCUACCUUGUUGAAAGGAACGAAAACGCUGUAUUUCACCUGCGGGCUCUUAAAAAGGAAUUAUGGCCUGAUCUUGACAUCGACAUAGUCCUCGGAGACAUCCGUGAUUACAUGCCACCGGAGCAGAUAGACCUGAUUGUCUCCGAUCUUUUAGGAGCUUUCGGAGACGAUUGCCUUUAUCCUGAAUGCAUAUACCCAACUCAGAAAUAUGCAAAACCGAAUGCUAUUUACAUUCCUAGCAAAAUUACGUCGUAUCUGAAUCCUGUCAUGACGACAUUGCACCAUUACAAAGCAGCCAAACAAGGUUGGUCAAUAUACGUUGGAAGUCCUUACGAGGUGUACAACAUUGCUGAACCGGAACCUGUUUUUGAGUUCAGUUUUCCUAGUCCAGCAGUUGACUCUGUGGAAUAUGAACAACACAAACGUCUACUAUUCAAAGCAGAGCAAAAUUGCGUGUUGCACGGAUUUAUUGGUUAUUUUGAAUGCAUCCUGUGGGAAGGCGAAAUGAUUAGUAUCUUGCCGAAAACAUUUACAACUGGAUUGAUGUCCUGGAGUCCAUAUUACUUUCCAAUAGAUAUACCACAGUAUGUUAAGUCCUCAGAUACUAUAGAACUUAAUUUCUGGAGAUGCGCUACUGACACGAAAAUGUGGUAUGAAUGGAUUAUAAAUCGUCCGAUUCUUUGCACAAUUCAAAAUUUCCAAGGACUUUGGUGGUCUGCCGAUAAAAGGUGAAGUAGAAUGGAAAUAGGAUUGAAGUAAUGAAAUGUAACGAAUUGGAAAUAUCUUUUUAUUAAGCCUGAAUUAGUAUGUGAGGUUUUUAUUAUCUGUAAAUUGCUCUAUG